AUGACCGAUGCACCAUUUCCCCCGUCCAGUGGAGCUCGAGGAGCUCCUGUAGCCACCACAUAUUCCGGCCCAAGCCUCUCUACCAUCCCCCGUCGUUCAUCCUACGCUUCCGUCCUGUCUGGAACUGCGCUCUCGCCACCAAGCAAUAGUGGUCCGUUCUCGCAACUGCUUACUUCGAACUCCACUUCUUACCCCCCACCAUUUCAUCCCGACGGCCGCCAUCUGAGGCCAUCCGCAGACCUGGAUGCAGACAUGCAGAUGAACUCCCCAUGGAGGAUGUCGUCCGGCGAUACACUUCCUCCUUAUUCCCGAAAAUACGCCAGCUUCACUCGUUCUGAUCCCUUCCCCCAAAAUCCCGGCAGCUUCUCCGACGUUGCAUCGUCUUCAUUUACACCAUCAUACCUGCGCAACUCCAGGUACAUCUCCCGCCUCGAUGCAGCUCGUCGAGCCAAGCUGGCGUCCCAACGGGAUGCAAUUUAUUCUUCGUCAACGUCGAAUCCCAUUUCUACCUCCUCCAGCCAGGCGAGCUUGCCGCGUAUAACACCAUCCCAUCGUGGGAUGACCUAUGAUAUCAUCGAGAGGGAACCCCCUGGCGAUGACGAACACGUUAUGCCGCUUCCUUCACAGUGGAAUGACGGAGACAAAUAUUCUGGUCUGGAGCUCACAAGCGGGGGAUUGGAGGUCCGUUAUACCGGCCCAGUCAAUAAACACGACCAUGAAGCUGCUGCCUGCGGGAUCUACUAUUUUGAAAUUACGAUUUUAUCCAAACCUAAGGAGGGAAUGAUCGGGAUCGGGUUCUCCAGUAAUAAAGCGUCGGUUGAGCGUCUCCCGGGAUGGGAGCAAGAAUCCUGGGCGUACCAUGGUGAUGAUGGCAAGUCAUUUUUCGGUGAAAGUCAAGGGCAAGGACGACAAUACGGUCCUACCUUUGGUGUAAACGAUACCGUGGGCUGCGGUGUCAAUUUUUCGACGGGUUGUGCAUUUUUCACUAAAAAUGGCGUGUUUCUGGGUAAUGCCUUUCGGGAAUUGCGAAACCUAAAGGUCUACCCCUCGGUGGGCAUGAAAAAACAGCCCCCUGUGCAUUUGGCGGCAAACUUUGGCCAACAUCCGUUCAUGUUCGACAUUGAUGGCAUGGUUAAGAAAGAGAAAUUUGCCAUUCACUCAGAGAUUCGUGCCACCAGCACCGCUAACCUACAGCCACCCUUAGAUGAGUCUGCCUUGCUCCAAGAAUUGGUUGCACAGUUCCUGGCUCAUGACGGAUAUGUUGAAACGGCUCGGGCUUUUGCAGAAGAGGUCGCUGCAGAGUCGGCAGCGCUGCAAAAUGGGCGUACGGAGCCACUGAAGAAGUAUGAGGUAGAGGAAGAUGUUGAAGCGAUCAACCGGCAAAAGAUUCGAGCAGCGAUAUUGGAUGGCGAUAUCGACAAGGCGCUGAAGUAUACUAAUGCUUAUUACGCCAAUGUUUUGCAGAACUUCCCUCAUAUUCACUUCAAGUUACGAUGUCGGAAAUUUUUGGAGAUGAUGCGUAGAUGCAACGAGCCCUCUUGGGCUGCAUCGAAGAGAGAGAAGUCAUCUAAUGGCCUUGCUGAUGGCAGUGCCGUUUUCGACGAAGAGAUGGAGCUUGACGAACAAAUGCACCACGGUGGCGGCUGGAACGCUGACGGAAUGGAUACGGAAGAGCCCGAAAACGCUGCGAAGUUCAACGAGCUCCUCACCGAAGCCGUCCAGUAUGGGCAACAAUUACGUCUAGAUUAUCCGAAUGACGAGCGCGGAGGGAACAAGAAGAUGCUGGAUGACAUUUUCUCGUUGGUGGCGUAUCCUGAUCCGAAGCAGUCAGUCCACGGGCAUUACCUGGACCCUGCAGGCCGCAUUGCCGUUGCAGAGGAGUUGAAUUCGGCGAUUUUAGUUUCACUUGGCAAAUCAUCAUCAGCAGCUCUGGAGCGGCUUUACCAACAGACAGAAGUGCUGGUCAAUGAAAUCAGUGAAGAAGGCGGCGCUGGGGCGUUUAUUAAUGUUCCAUGCAUUCCUACCCACUCCUCAUCCACUCCGACGGCUCUGCGCUGUUGCUGUGGCCGGAAUGAUUGUACAUUCCUGCAGCACAAUAAUCUGGCCCUGGAGGGGUUGGAAAAGGAUCUCGCUACGGCUGCUCGAUUGGGUCAGGCUUUACUACAUCGCCAUGAAUCCUACAUGGCCGAGGCUGAGGAGGAUCGUCGUCGGUUCCUCACCAGUAUCGAGAACCUGGAACGCGAGAAACGUGAGGUGCAGGUCGAAAAUGCCCGCAUCAUCGAAGAGAACCGCGGGUUGUUGGAACAGCUGGACGCUUUGAACAAAGCUGUUGCUGAUGCAGAUUCUCAUACCAAGUCUCUUGAAGUUAGACUAGAGCAUUCUGAAGCUGAGCUUCGCAAAGUGACGGUGUCAGCUGCCCGUGCAGCUGACCUCGACGCCCAAUUGGUUCAGAUGGAGAAUGAACAAUCCAAGCUCCAUGAGAGCCUGGAGUCAGCUGAAGAAGAGUCAAGAUCGGCGGUCCAGCGAUGGAAGAAGGCAGAAAGUACUUUAAGAGAUCUUCAUCAUCAAAUCGACCGCAUUGAGAAGGAGGCACGAGAGGAACGCGAACGCCAUACCGAAGCAGUCCAGCGUAUGGAGCGAAAACGGACCGUUGAACGGGAGCUGGAUGGCGCUGCUAGACGGCUAAAGGGAGCCGCGGCGACUCAUGACUUGGGCAGGAAUCACGGCGGAACCGUGGUGUCCCGCUUUGUCCGGGACAUAUUACAGGAUAAUGCCAAUCUGCAAUUGGGAAUCGUUGAAUUGCGGGAAUUGCUGGAGAGUUCGAAUCAAGAGGUGCAGUGUCUGCGGGAUCAGAUCAUUUCGCACCAGUUGGUCCCCAUGACAGAAGGCGAUGGGCAAGUGCCACAACUUGCACCGACGUUGAGUCAGGAACUUGAGUCCAAGGAACCGCGUCGAGCACCGCAAGAGUUUCACAUUCACCACCAUUAUCAUACGCCGGCUAUCAAAAAGGAGAGACCCACACUUUUCCGACGUUCCAAGAACAGGCACACCUGGGGGCAUCCAAAUACUGUCCACUCUCCUUCUGGUACAAAAUUAGCUCGCAAACCUACGCACCGGUCGCAAUCUUCUCAUUCUUCUGCGUCCACUAUGAUGUCUCAGCCCCCCGUACAAAUUCCCUCGGCUUCUAAACGCUGGUCCUUGCAGUCGCCUGGAGCUGAGUCCAUAGCAAGCUCACCUCAAUCCGGAUAUCGGUCAUCGUCUAUAUUUGAUAGGGUAGAGCGUGGGUUUGAUUCCUCGCGAGCUACUAGCCCCGACAGCACAGCCUUUUCGCCAUUAAGGGUUAGUCGACGAAGAAGCAGCUUCUAUGAUGCUAGUUUUCGAUCUCCUGAAACGGAUAUUUCGGUCGAUCCUGUGGAUGAUAGCGUUUUCAACAAGGGUCUUGGGGAUGCGUACCAGCCUGUUAUACCGGAGGAACGAGAGGACUCCGUGCAUUACGCCACUUCUGAGAGAGGCUUUUCUCCUGCGCCUGAUGAUGUAUUUGCCUCUCCUUAUCGCUCAAGGCGCAAGCAAUCGCAUGAGAGCUUGUUCUCUGUUGCAGGCAUGGACAUCCAUACUCCCAGUCGACGUCCAUCGCGGAUGGAGGAUAUCUCGAGGCCCUACUCUGCUCGCGUCCCGCGCCGUAUCUUUUCUAGUAACGAUCGGUUCUCCAACCCAGUUCUCUCAACGAGCACAGUCACCGCCAAUAGAGAGCCUUCGAAAAUUGACCAGUCUUCGCAAGCGCUACUUGCUUCAAUGGCUGCUAGUAGGCAUUCCGAGACAGGGUCAGCAACAAGUGGCCACUCAGACCCUACUGGGACACCUACUCGAAAAAUUUCCCUCACCCGCCGUGUAGGCGGAUGGAUGCGAGAGCAUUUGGGAAAUACACCCACAACGGCCAUUGGCGACACACAACCUCACCAAGAACAGCCAAUAUUAUCGACGUCACAGGUAUCGCCAGAUACGACACCCCCAUCCGCUGCGAAUAGAAAGCCAGACCCCAAGGCUGACACCGUUCCGAGCCUGCGUUAUCGGUACCCUGGCGUGAACCAAAAAGGCCCAAUCAUGGGUUUUCGGCCAACCUCCCGAGCCCCUUUUGCUAUUCAUGCCGAGGCAAUCGAUGAGGGCCUGUUGAGAGAGACUUUGGCAGAGUGA